CAAACCCUUCCUUCCUCCUCUCGUCCCACCUCCUCGUCUUGCUCCACAGUACACUCGCACACCCACCACACGCCGUCUCUCUCAAAACAAAAUAGAAGCCCAAUACAGCCAGUACACCAAUCCCCCCACUCCCGGUCCCCUCGGAUUCCGCCCAUGCCGCCUUCCCGCCGAGAGCCCUAGCCAAGCCCGCUCGCUGCUUGCUAACCCCCCUCCGCGCGCGCUCACCCGAGUCCUAGGGUUCCAGCGAGCGGCGAGGAGGUAGCUCGUUCGCGCGCGCGUCAAAUCCCAUGGCGGGCGCCGCCCCGCUGCGCGACUCCCUCCGCCGCCUCUGCACCGACGUCGGCUGGUCCUACGCCGUCUUCUGGAGGGCCACCCGCGCCGCCGACUCCCAGCGGUUGAAAUUGGUGUGGGGGGAUGGGCACUAUGAGCGGGCGGCCGGAGCGCCGUCGAUCUCCGGCUUCGAGGCCAUGGACCUGCUGCUCAAGGAGAAGGCCGCGGCGUUGCGGAGCGGCACCGGGCGCGGUGGUGGCGGCGGCGAGGGGCACGCGGCUGAUGGCGCCGCGGGACACAGCCAUGACAGGGUGGACGCGCUCGUGCACAAGGCCAUGGCGCAACAGGUCCACGUCGUGGGAGAAGGGGUGAUUGGUCAGGCUGCACUGACAGGGUUGCAUCGGUGGAUCGUUCACGAUAUUGUUGAUGAGUGUGAGGAAGAAGAUGAGGUAUUGCUAGAGAUGAAGGGCCAGUUUUGUGCAGGAAUACAGACAAUUGCAGUGAUACCUGUCCUUCCACGAGGCGUUAUUCAGCUUGGCUCCACAAAAAUGGUUAUGGAGGAAGCAGCAUUUAUAGAUCAUGUCAGAUCUUUGUUUCAGCAGCUGGGUAGUUCAACUGCAGUUGUUCCGUGUGGUUCCUUUGUACAAGAUUCGAUUAUGAGAACUCCAUUUCACAAAUCACUUGGUGUGCCUACCUCUUCGCACUCGGAAGACCUUGCUGGUGGUGGAAAUACUUAUAAUGAUGACAUGAUUAACCACCAGUUCAGGCAUCAGAAGUCACCAGCCUCGACAAUUCAGUCAUUUAACCCUGUACAACAGUUCUAUGCUGGGCCUACUUUCUGUCGUCCAGUAACUAUUGCAUCACGUUGUGAUCUCUUCCAACCUGACCAUGGAUCAACCUUUACUUUGAACAGUCAGUCAGAGGACAAUAGAUCGACAGCUUUACUCAAAAAUAGUGUUUCACAUUCUAAAACAUCAAAUGAUGCCUUUUCACACGCUUUUAACCCCCUCAAUGAACCCAACGUCUCCAUUUCAGGCAGAAGAGAGUGUGUAAGCAUAGAACAACAUGGUUCUUGCCGUAAUGGAGAAAUGGAAAUAACAAUAGGCCGCACUGCUUCUUCAAGUUGUACAGGCAAAACAAAUAUUAUCAAUAAAGUGGAUGAUUUGCUGAGUCAGGAUUGUUUGGUAGGUUGUCAGGCAAGCAAUGCCACAUCUGUGAACAGAAAGUUUCAGACAAUGUCCAUUGUUGAUAAUACAAAGCUUCAAGAUGGUUCUUAUGCAAUUCCACAUGCUGCACUUGUUGACUCUACCCAAUAUUCAGACUGCUUUCAAUCGCUUCUUGGCACAAUCCAAGGUAGUUCUUCCAGCAAUUCAAAUGCAAUUCAUGUGGAUACUUCUCAUAAUGCUGUCCAUGGAAAGAGUAACUUUUGCCCUUUAGGAGAUAGGAAUGCUGCUAAUUCAAGUGACUUGGCUGAACUUCUGGCAUCGCCAAUACCAUUAGAGUUGACUGGGGGAAACGAUUUGUUUGAUGUACUGCAACUUCAGCAGAAGCCAAAUGGUUCAAAUAAUAGUGAAGUAAACAAUCGUCAAUCAAUGCCUUAUGGUUCAGAGCAAGCUGUUAAGUCUCUGAUUGGAUGUGUGGAUGAUGAUUUCACUGGAUUGAUCACAGAAGCUGAUCCAGACCAGCUCCUGGAUGCAAUAGUUUCAAAGAUAAUCACAGGGCACAAGCAGAACGUGGAUACCAGUGCUUCUUGUAGUACUACAGUGGCAGGCUUUGACAGACCACUUCAUUCUGAUUGCCACCUAUAUACCACAGGACCAUCAUCAGGGCCAAUAUUUUGUAAUUUUGCCAGUGUUGCUCCUGUAGCAAUUAAAACUGAAGGGCCUGCUGCAGGUUCCAGGCAAUCAUCUUCUAGUAUAGAUAAAUCUGCAGGAUGCUCUCAGACACAGGAAAGUUACAAAUCACAGAUAAGGCUUUGGGUUGAGAAUAACCAUAGUGUAGGAUCAGAUAGUCUUUCAACUGGACAAGCAUCUGACAGUCUUUCAACUGGACAGUGUAAAAGGAGUGAUGAAAUAGGUAAAUCAAACCGAAAGAGAUCUAGACCAGGGGAGAGUGCAAGACCGAGGCCUAAAGAUCGGCAAAUGAUUCAAGACCGUAUAAAGGAGCUUCGUGAAAUAGUACCUAACAGUGCAAAGUGUAGCAUUGAUACAUUACUGGAGAAGACCAUUAAGCAUAUGCUUUUCUUGCAAAAUGUUGCAAAGCAUGCUGAUAAGUUGAAGGGAUCUGGGGAGCCAAAGGUAAAUGACAGGCAUUACAUGAUCAACAUUCAAAUUUCCUAUGGUCCUUUUGGAGAUCUCCUGGAGAUUGUUAGUCAUGAAGAAGGUUUGCUCUUGAAAGAUAACUUUGAAGGUGGUGCAACCUGGGCCUUUGAAGUUGGUACGCGAUCUAUGACAUGUCCAAUCAUAGUAGAGGAUCUCAAUCCACCCCGUCAAAUGCUUGUGGAGAUGCUUUGUAAAGAGAGAGGAAUCUUCUUGGAAAUAGCUGAUCAAAUUAGAGGUUUAGGGUUGACUAUCUUGAAAGGUGUGAUGGAAGUUCGUAAAGAUAAGAUUUGGGCUCGCUUUGCUGUUGAGGCAAACAAGGAUGUAACUCGGAUGGAAAUAUUUCUUUCUCUUGUCCAUCUUCUGGAACCUAGCACUGGGAGCUCUAUUUUGUCAGCAGGUGUUGAGAACACUAGCCUGCCGCGCGAUAGUUUCUUUCCAUCGUCUAUUCCAGCCUCUGGUUUCUCCAACUGCUUGUGACACGAUGUACCAUACCUCAGCAAGUGGAGCGCUGUGAGUGGGUAAAGUUUCACCUGCCGUGACCUUUUCUCCCUGCCUUGUUCUAGCUGCCACAGAUAGUUACGCUGACUCCAGUAUCUUGUUGCCUGUCUCCACGGCUGACGUUGUGGCAAAUUACUGUUCAGUAAGGGAGAGAUGUGUGUUUUGUCCUAACCUUAAACUACAUCGCAGCCAGCCUUUGUGAGGGAAGAAGCUUUAGCGUAGGAAAUUGUUGUUUUAGGCAGGCUCCACAAGUGUAAGAAAUGCAGUACAUAAAUGAUUAGAGAUUUAGAGUUAGGAUAGCAUCAGGUUUUUCUGCUAUGUAAUAUCUGCAUUCAUGUGCCCAUUUGGCUCUCUGGAUCUGCUAACCUGGUUGUGUAUUUGCAGUUCGGUCUUUUUCCUCUGUUCAGCAAGUACCACUUGAAUGAGUGCCUCACCAUUUUUUACUGAAUACUGAGGUGUGUAAUUUGGAACCGCAGAUUAACAGAAUACACAGAUUGUGAUUACUCUAA